AAAGUAAUAUAAAUGAUAUCCUAACCUAUUUAACCGUAAAAACAGUAACCGCAUAAGUAAUUAAUUUAAAGUGCAUAUUUAAAUGUAAAAGAGGAAAAAAAUUUUGAAGCAUAAGAAAUACGUAUAAUUUUUAAAAGUAUAACAUACUACUUGAAAUAUGUUUAUAUUUAUACAACGUUGUGAAAAAAAUCUUAUUUUUCCACUAUUAAGGAUGUUUAAUUCUACUUCUGUAUCGAAUCAAACAAAUAUAAUAGAACCUACCACUACAAGAGAAUUUCGUGUAUUACAGUUAAUACCGCAAAAAAAGACGUUUGAUAAAAAAAAGAAACAGGAAUACAAAUUACCUCCUCCAGCAUGUGAUGAAAUGUCUACUAAACAAGAUUGGCCAUUAGUUUGGCCUGGUCCUCGUUCUUUUAAUCCAUAUGUUGUUCCGCUGCCUUUACGCCAGGGUUAUGUAGAAGGUGAUAAUGUACCUCCUGGUAAAUAUGGAAAUGCAGAGUUAAUGAAAAUACCUAAUUUCUUGCAUCUUACUCCACCUGCGGUAAAAAGACAUUGCGAAGCCUUAAAACAAUUUUGCACUAGCUGGCCUAAAGAAUUGGAAACAGAAGAAGAAUGCAAUCGACAUUUUCCAUUAGAUAUUAUUACCUCAGAUUAUUGUUAUUCUUCUCCUACUAUAAGAGAACCGCUUGCAAGAAUUGUAAGCUUAAAAGUUAAUUUAAAUUCUCUUACCUUGGAUAGUCACGCUAAAGAUAAACUACUUAGAUUAAUUGGAAAUAAAUAUAAUCCAGAAACAAAUAUAAUAACAAUAACAGCUGAUAGAUGUCCAACUAGAAAACAAAAUUUGGAGUACGUUGAAUAUUUACUUGUAGCAUUAUUUCAUGAAUCUUGGCGUAUAGAACCUUGGGAAACUGAAAAAUCUGAACCAGAUAUGGAAUAUUAUGAUUGGGACAAAAGUAAAAGUCGUCAAACUUUGAUUAAAUUACACAGCUGGCCAAAAACGUCAAUCAAUGUAGAUAUUGAAACUAUUCCUUCUGCUACGGAAUAUAAGAUUGCUAUUUCCGAACUCAUAAACCAAGGAGAAGAUGAAUAUACAUUAACUAGAUAUAAAGAAGCAGUUAAAAACAUACUUAAUCUUAAAUGUAUAAAUAAAAAUUAAAAUAAACAAAAUUA